AUGGCCUUCACUGUAACCGUUGAGAAGCGCAGUGCGCCUGGCAAGCCUGCCUCCAAGGGCUUCCCGCUCACCGUCUCGCUGUCGUCGUCCAAGUCGACGCUGGGCGAGCUCAAGACGAAGGUGGCCUCGGCCUCGCGCAAGCUUACGGUCGAGCGCCAGCGCAUCACCACCGAGGACAAGAAGCCGCUGCUCGACGAUGACAAGUCGCUCGCUGACCUCGGCGUCGCCUCGGGCCAGACGGUCUAUGUCAAGGAUCUGGGCCCGCAGAUCGGCUGGAAGACGGUCUUCCUCACCGAGUAUGCCGGCCCCAUCUUCAUCCACCCGCUCUUCUACUACUUUGGCCCGCAGAUCUGGCGGCGCGAGUUUGUGCCGUCCAAGAUGCAGACGGUGGCGCUCUCGCUCGCUGUGGCGCACUACGUCAAGCGCGAGCUCGAGACGCUGUUUGUGCACCGAUUCAGCAACGGCACGAUGCCGCUGUUCAACAUCUUUAAGAACUCGACGCACUACUGGUUCUUGUCGGGCUUCCUGCUGGCGCCGUUCGUCUACUCGCCCUGGUUCUCGGCGUCGUCGGUGGCAGGCACGAUCCAGGACAACCCCAAGUUCAUCUUUGGCACCGCGGCGGUCAUGGUGCUCGCCGAGCUCUCCAACGCCUACACGCACAUUAUCCUCAAGAAUCUGCGCCCGGCAGGCACCAAGGUGCGCAAGAUCCCGCGCGGAUUUGCAUUUGAGCUCGUCUCGUGCCCCAACUACUUUUUCGAGUUUGUCGCCUGGGCGGCGUUUACGGUGCUCACGCUCAACCCGGCCAGCGCGCUGUUCGCGGCGGUCUCGACGGCGCAGAUGUACGUGUGGGCGAUCAAGAAGCACCGCAACUACAAGAAGGAGUUCGGCAAGGAGUACCCCAAGCGCAAGGCCAUGUUCCCCUUCAUCGCCUGA